AUGGAGUUCGCACAUAUCACCGUUUUGGCUCUCUUUUGUUUGGCUUUUGUAAGAACUGGUGCCAUACCAUCCGGAGAAGAUUAUUGGAAAUAUGUCUGGCCAAACAGUCCUCUCCCUAAGGCUUUUUUAGAUCUUCUGCUUCCUUAUGGAAAAACCAAUAACCUACCUAUUAGAUUGGAAGAAUUAAACCAAUACUCGACACUAUUUUUUCCACAUGAUCUUUAUCCUGGAAAGAAAAUAGUAUUGGGUAACACUCACUCUGUUGCAAAGACGGCGCGGCCAUUCACUGAACCAACACAAGGUGUUACUGAUUCCAUAUGGCUGGAGAAUAAAGAAAGACAAAGUCUAGAUGACUUCUGUAAUAGUCCAACUGCUAAAGGAGAACGCAAACAUUGUGUAUCAUCUUUAGAAUCUAUGGUUGAUCAUGUCAUUUCACAUUUUGGAACAUCAAAGAUUAAGGCUAUUUCAAGUACUUUUGACAUAAAUCAAGAUCAAUAUGUGGUGGAGGAAGUCAAAAAAGUCGGUGACAAUGCAGUGAUGUGUCAUAGAUUGAAUUUUGAAAAAGUUGUAUUCAAUUGCCACCAAGUGCGUGCAACAACCGCUUACGUGGUCUCAUUGGCAGCACCUGAUGGAACCAAGGCAAAGGCUUUAACAGUUUGUCAUCAUGAUACAAGAGGCAUGAACCCUGAGUUGCUUUACGAAGCUCUCAAAGUUAGCCCUGGAACUGUUUCUGUUUGCCAUUUCAUUGGCAAUAAGGCUGCUGCUUGGGUGCCUAAUUUUUCUGUUGAUCGUCCUUGUGCCAUCUAG